AACGAGAAUUAGAACGUUUGUUCCCUUUGAUUCAAGGAAAAGCUAUAUUAGUUUUUGUGAUCAAAAGGUGGAAUUAAUGUCCAUUCACCAGCGCGAUGACCUUUGGUCGGCUAUUUCGAUACUCCCCUGUAUCGAUAUUAAAAUAAAUAUCAGUCCAACAGUUUCUUUGUUAACAGAUCCUGCCGAUUGAGAAUUCCAUGAGGCGGCCACAUAAGCUGGUGAGCGGCGUGGGGGUCCUGAACGCUGCUAUGGUUUUCAUCACCCUCCUGUACGGUGCAAUUGGGUUUUUUGGCUACCUAAAAUAUGGAGAUGACGUCAAAGGAAGCAUCACUUUAAACAUGGGCGAUGAUAUCCAGUCAGAAAUAGUAAAAGUGAGCGUGGCUCUUGCUGUGUUCUUCACCUAUGGACUACAGUUCACAGCUUGCUUCGAGGUGGUCAGGAAGGCUGCCCAACCUCACAUUGGUAAGGGCAGGGAAAUAGUGGGAUUCUACAUCAUCAGGAAUCUUCUCAUUUUUGGCACAGUACUGUUUGGGAUAGCAGUGCCUCAACUAGCUUCAGUCAUCUCCCUGGUCGGCUCAGUGGGGUUCUCUGUUCUGGGACUGUUCCUGCCGGCCAUCACCGAGACUAUCGUCUUCUGGAACGGCGGCCUCGGCUGGGGGCGGUGGCGUGUCUGGAAGAACGUCGGGCUCGCCAUCAUCGCUAUCUUCGCCCUCAUCAGUGGGACCAGCGUCGCUAUAAGAGACAUUUUCUCCAACUAUCAAUAACGCGUUACAAUAAAAUAUAGCACACGUGCCGUUAUAUUGUUUGCCUUUAAAUCACGGGGCGAACAUGUUACUAGUCAAAAACUUGUUUGAAUUGUAUCAGUUACGUAACUUAAAAAAAGACCGCAAACCUGUUCUUAUAGAAUACACCAAAGUUUGAUGCAUAGCCAAGUCACAGUAUUUCUUAAUUAUUUUCCUUUAAUUUAAGUCCAAUGAAGGUUCCUUUAAUAUAAUUAUUUCCUUAUAUAGUCAGUUAUUUAACAGUCUUUCGUUAUUGGUCUCUAUAAAGGAUUAGUAUAUGAAUUUUCAAAAGUGUGUGUGUACCUAAAAGUAUAUUUUAGGCCUCGUCUAUUUUAAUUUA